UUGACAUUUCUUCAACACGCUCUUCACUCACCAAAAAUAUUUCUGACUUUCGUUUCAGUUUCAAGUCUCACUGUUUCUUCAUUUCUUCAUAAUUAUUGUUAUAGUUGGUUGAUGGAUGAAUUUGAGUGCAUGAGGGAUUGGGAUUUGGAGGCUAUCGUGAGAGGAAGCAGUGGUGAAGCCACCGCCAUGGACGAUCCGAAUCCUGAUUUUUCUUAUUUCUUCUCUGACCAAGACGAGCUGCUUGAUAGCUUUCCAGAAUUCUCAGAAACCACCAGGGUCCUUGAUGAUCUCGAAGAUCUCUAUAAACCUUUCUACCCAGUUUUGCACCCUCUUUCACCUCACACCAUCGUUACAACUUCCUUAUCUAUCCCCAUAGAACCCCAACAGGUCAAAGAACUCAAAGCAUCAGAAGAGAAAGUAGCCCUACAGGGUUUGAAAGCCCCCCCAACACCAAAGUGUAAAAAAGGGAAGAAGAACCAGAACAAGAGUGUGGUGAAGCAGGUAACAACAGCAGAAGGUCUUGAUGAUGCAUGGGCAUGGCGUAAAUAUGGACAGAAACCAAUAAAGGGUUCUCCGUAUCCAAGAAGCUACUAUAGGUGCAGCAGUUCCAAAGGGUGUUUGGCGAGGAAACAGGUUGAAAGGAGCCACUUAGAUCCUGCUGUUUUCUUGGUUACCUACACUGCUGAACACAGCCAUCCUCACCCAACUCGAAGAAACUCUCUUGCUGGGACCACUAGGAAGAACAAUUCCCUGAUUCCCCCUCCAACAACCACUCGCAACCAUAACACUACUUGUUCUUCAAGGACGCCUUUGAUGGUUCAAUCCAUUGAAGAUAAGCUUGUAACGAGUGUGCAACAAAGCAUGGACCUGAAGAAAGAGGAACAACAUUUUGUUGAGUGGUUCGAUGAUGGUGCUCAAUUUGGUGAUGCUUGGAUUCCGACCUCAGAUCUGGAGAAGUUUAUCGGAUUUGAAUGCCAACAUUUUGCACUGGAUGGAGGUUUCACCGAUGGUUAUGCACACUCUUGACAACUUCCUUCAUCAGACUAAUCAUCAAUAUCACAAAUUUGUGAUUUUGAGUUUUCUUUUUUCAAGGCCAAUAUGUAGAUCCGCACCUUCUUCCUUCGACCACCUUGUUUUUAAAUUUCAGUCACCAUUUUACAUUGCGGUUCAUACACUGUAAUGUUGCAAUAGCAAUUAUGUUUUGUAGAUAUGCCCAUAUCAAACAAUAUUUUACUCUUCUUUUUUCUCAUUUCCAUCUUUUAUUUUCAUUCUUCAACUGUUCAUCUUGAUCCAUCUUGUCAGGUUGCUUGGAGUAUUUGUUCAAUAACCUUCUUCUUUAAAGUAUGACUUAAGGUUCUUAAUUA